GACGAAGAAGAGUUCUGGACCCUCCAUCUACAGCGCUGACAAGGCCUAAGCCUAGUUUAGCGAGCAGGCAAUUUAUCCAGUGCAGGGUUGAGCCAGGCUGCACAUAUGUCUAAAGUAAAACACACUCACAUCACGCCACAAAAAGAGGUCACUACCAACUUGACGGGCCCGGCAUCCCAUCUCUCAUCUCAAACUGUCAGCCUUGGAUAUUGGACACGCACCCAUUAAAUGCUAGUGGCCUUGCAUGGGCAUCAAAAACAACGUCAUAGAUGAAGCCGAAAUCUGCCUGUGACAACUGCAGGAGUCGUCGUAGAAAAUGCAUACGUUCUCAACAAGGGACAAGUUGCCGUCACUGUUUAGAACGACAGCUGCCGUGCAACUUGACCGAUGAGACAGUCCACGUGGAGACAGGAUAUGAGCCUGUCGUUCCUUGGACGUCCCAUAUGCUUACACACAAGUCGAAGCUGCUUCCCCCAAAGGAUUUGUGUCACGAACUAAUCUCCCUCUAUUUUCGAUAUAUCCAUGUCUCAUUUCACAUUCUAUUUCACAAGCCGUCCUUUGUUGCAGCGUUUGACCGCGGCACCUUGCCUCGCAUUCUUCUCUUUGCCGUCAUGGGUCUGUCGGCGCGCUUCUCGAAACACGAAAGUCAAGCAAACAUUCCGCUUCACGAGCGAGGCAGGCCGUUUACCAAGGACGCCGAGAGACUAUUGAACCUUCACGACGUCUCAUUGACUACCAUUCAAGCCUGCCUAUUGCUCGGGGGGACAGCCGUGACCGAAAACGAAACUGGACACAGGGCCGCAGCCACAGAAUCGGUCUAUUUCGGUAUUGCUUGCCGAAUGGCACAAUUACUUGAUCUACCCAACAUCCCCGCAUCAACUUGCAUUGAGCAAGAAGUUAAUAGACGAGUUUGGUGGAGCGUCUACGAGACGGAUACUUGGUCUUCCACAGCAGUUCGACUGCCUAAAAUGAUGCCGAUUCGCGUUGUUCAAUUACCGAUGGGCGAGCAAGCAUUCCUUUCACUUCCCAUCUCUCAACCUCCUGACUUGACACCAAACCAUUCUACGGAUCCGCUGGUGGCGCAUCCAGAUGCUUUGAUUGCGCAGUCUAUUCGCGUGGGCCUAACUCUUUCUAAAAUUGCUCAAGUAAAUACUCAAGCUGCGUCCGGGGCAAUAGAGUACUCGUAUCUUAUCCGAGAAGUGGAACUGAUCUGGCAUGAGCUGCAGAGUUGGGAAGCCAAUCUGCCGGCUAACAUGACUGACACGGAAGCCAACCUCGCCUACUGGACCGAGCGAGAGCAAGGGAAUAUCUUCACUUUUGUUCACAUGAACUAUUACUACUUUUGUCUCCUGCUAUUCUAUCAGUUUAUCCAUGGCAGCGUGGAUGGCGCCGGUAGGUCGCCAUUAGCCGUCCAGUUUGCCGCCAAAUGCCGGCAUGCAGCCUCGCAGGUAUGCGAUCUUAUACAUCGGGCAAGCCAAUCGAAGAGAAGCGAGCUGCUCAGCUCUCUUGUCGGUCAUGUGUUAGCCAUUGCCUCUACGGUUCAGCUACAUAUCUUCCUAUUCGGUGAAAAUGAGACCGAUAGACAAGAUGCGCGACACCUGCUAGAGAGAAACUUUCAACUUCUGACGCUUUUGCAGACUUACUGGCCUUGCAUUGACGUGUCUUUUGCUCGAUUUCGCGCGUUCCAUGAAGCCUGUUCGCGCUCGCAAGACGACUCCCAUUUCCGGAUGGAUCACUGGAUGCUGAAAUUCCUGCUAGAAUUCGCAACAGAAAUUCCAGAAAGGCGAGGAGAUGAUGGCGGCGAUGACUCUUACCACGAGUCGUGGCACCAAUUACUGGACAAAUCUGCCACAGCUUCGGCUAAAACUCUGUAGGCACAAACACAAAUAAAAAGCCACUUCACGACAUUAUUGUGUAAUGAUUACAAUGUCCGUUAUAUUUUGCCACCGAAUAAAUCUCAAAGACACUUAAAACGCUGUAUUUUGAAAAUGAAAUUGAGAACUAUUCAGCCACCAGACGCCAAGUCGGCCUAGCCGGGCUAUUGAGUAGGC